CGGGGUGUCGCGGAGCCGGGCGGAAAUCCCCGUGCGCGGCCGGCCGCGGGAACACGUGGGCGAGGGGCGGGAGCUGAUCCCGGCCCGGCCGCGGCCCGCCCGGGGGCGAUGCCUCAGGACGGCGAGCUGCCCCCGGCCAAGAGACUGAAGCUGGCGCCCGCUCCCCGCAGAGCCAUGCUGCUGGCGCCGCCCGCAGCCAAGCGCCAGCCGCUGGCUCCCAGCGCCGGGGAGACGCAGCGCAGGAGCCUCCCCAUCUUCCAGGCGCGGGGGCCGCUGCUCAGCCAGCUCCGGAGCCUGGACAGCGCCAUCCUCAUCGGGGAAACAGGCUCAGGGAAGACGACUCAGAUCCCACAGUACCUCUAUGAAGCAGGAAUCGGCCGCCAAGGCAUCAUUGCGGUGACCCAGCCUCGUAGAGUAGCUGCUAUAUCCUUAGCUACUAGAGUCUCGGAUGAGAAGAAAACAGAGCUGGGAAAACUGGUCGGCUACACGGUGCGCUUUGAAGAUUUCACCUCCGAAGAGACGCGAAUCAAGUUCCUAACGGAUGGGAUGCUUCUCCGCGAAGCCAUUGGCGAUCCCCUGCUGCGCAAAUACAGUGUCAUCAUUCUAGACGAAGCUCACGAGAGGACAAUACACACAGACGUGCUCUUUGGGGUGGUGAAAGCGGCGCUCAAGAAACGGAAGGAUUUGGGCAAAUUCCCACUCAAAGUGGUGAUCAUGUCAGCUACUAUGGACGUAGACCAGUUCUCUCAGUACUUCAACGGAGCCCCAGUUCUCUAUCUAGAAGGUCGGCAACAUCCAAUCCAGAUCUUUUACACCAAACAGCCUCAGAGUGAUUACCUCCAAGCAGCACUGGUGUCGGUCUUCCAAAUCCAUCAGGAAGCACCUUCUUCUCAGGACAUCCUGGUGUUUCUAACGGGUCAGGAAGAGAUCGAAGCGAUGACCAAAACCUGCCGAGACAUCGCCAAGCACCUUCCCGAUGGCUGCCCCCAGAUGGUGGUGAUGCCCCUCUAUGCUUCACUGCCAUACACACAGCAGCUCCGAGUCUUUCAGGCUGCACCCAAGGGCUAUCGCAAAGUGAUCCUUUCAACCAACAUUGCGGAAACCUCCAUCACCAUUGCGGGAAUAAAAUACGUUGUGGACACAGGCAUGGUUAAAGCAAAGAAGUUCAGCCCUGAGAGUGGCCUGGAAGUGUUGGCUGUGCAGCGGGUGUCAAAGGCCCAGGCAUGGCAGCGUACAGGGCGAGCGGGACGAGAGGACAGUGGAAUCUGUUACCGGCUCUACACAGAGGAUGAGUUCGAGAAGUUUGAUAAAAUGACAAUACCUGAGAUACAGAGGUGUAACCUGGCCAGUGUGAUGCUACAGCUCCUGGCUCUGAGAAUUCCCAACGUUCUCACCUUUGACUUUAUGUCCAAGCCAUCCCCAGAUGCCAUUCAGGCAGCCAUUGAGCAACUGGAACUGCUGGGGGCUGUGGACCGGAAGGAGGAUCAGGUUACUCUGACCCCACUGGGAAGGAAGAUGGCAGCAUUUCCUCUGGAACCCAAAUUUUCUAAAACUAUCCUCAUGUCCCCCAAGUUCCACUGCACAGAGGAGAUCCUGACCAUCGUAUCCCUGCUCUCGGUGGACAGCAUCCUCUACAACCCCCCAUCCCGGCGGGAUGAAGUGCAGUCUGUCCGGAAGAAGUUCAUUUCCAGCGAGGGGGAUCACCUCACCCUGCUCAACGUCUACAGAGCCUUUAAAAAUGUCUGCGGUAAUAAGGAAUGGUGCAGAGAGAACUUUGUGAACAACAGGAACAUGAUGCUGGUGUCGGACGUCAGAGCUCAGCUCAGGGACAUUUGCCUAAAGCUAUCGUUACCGAUUGAGUCCUCCCGAUCGGACACGGGGAAUAUCCGCCGCUGCCUGGCUCACAGCCUCUUCAUGAACACUGCAGAGUUGCAGCCGGAUGGCACCUAUGCUACCGUAGACUCCCACCAGCUGGUGGCAAUCCAUCCCUCCUCGGUCCUCUUCCACUGCAAGCCAGCCUGCGUAACGUACAACGAGCUGCUUCACACCAACAAGUGCUACAUGAGGGACCUGUGUGUAGUGGAUGCAGAUUGGCUGUAUGAUGCUGCACCCGACUACUUCCGCAGGAAGCUGAGAGCAGCCAAGAACUGACCCACCCUUGGUGUCACCAGGCUAACUGUGGGGCAUUCCUAGGGUCAUGGGAUCAGAUUUUUGGAACGAAUGUACAGGAACAAUAGAGCUUUGCCUUGCCAAUCCGGUAGGACUGGACAGGAAAUGGCUUCUCUGCAAGAGCCAUACCUCAUGCACUGUUGCUGCACUGGCUUAGAACAAUCAUCUUUUAUGACAGUUAAUAGAUAAGAGGGAAAUAUUAUACAUGUAUAUAGUACGUUUGUAAAUCUAUAUAUGUAUAUAUUAUUGGGCGGCGGGAGAUGGUCUUGGAUUUAAGUUAUUA